UCCUCCAGAUGUUUGUGUUCAUUUCCUGGUCAGCUGAUUCAGACGGAGGAAAAGACAAGCGGAGCGCUAGCAUCCAUAAUGAUGAUCCUGUCUCGUCGCCUGGACAGCAUUUGAAAUGAAAGUGACAAAACUAUAAAGCCACCUCGAACCCUGAAAGCCCUGGAUUCGUACCUGAGUGUCUGUGUGCUUGUGUUCGCCAGCAUCGAGCAUCGGAUCUUGUGGGGAAACAGCAGAGCGAGCCCUGUCCCCUGCUUCUCUUCACCUCUGUUUAUUGGAUCUCCUCUCCUGGCUACUGAAAGGCCUUUUUCCAAUCGCAGUGCCAGAAAAGGACGCUGCUGAGAAAGCCACAGUGUCAGACUGAACUGGAUUCAAUGAGGGAGCCAGAUCGGGAGGAGCAACCUGAAGACAACAUGCCCCCCAAGUUUAAACGACACCUCAAUGAUGACGAGGUCACGGGAUCCAUUCGCAGCGAGAGGAGGAACUUACUGGAGGAUGACUCUGAUGAGGAGGAAGAUUUCUUUCUGAGAGGACCCACGGGACCCAGAUUUGGACCUCAGAAUGACAAAUUUAAGCAGGUGCAGUCGCAGGUUGAUGAGGUGAUCGAUGUGAUGCAGGAGAACAUCUCCAAGGUGAUAGAGAGAGGCGAGCGGCUCGACGACCUGCAGGACAAGUCGGAGAGCCUAUCGGACAACGCGUCUGCCUUCAGUAGCCGAGCCAAACAGCUGCACAGGAGGAUGUGGUGGAGAGACAUGAAGAUGAAGAUGAUUAUUGCCUUGGUAGUCGUUGCUCUCCUGCUCAUUAUCAUCAUUCCAGUGAUCCUGCGAUAUCGCUAGUGUCUGGCGAGAGGGAUGGGGGAGAACCCUCCGCUUCCUCUUCCUCUCUUCUCUUUUUUCUCUCUCUCUUUCUCUCCUUUGCACACAGUCCUCCACUUCAGCCAGGGGGCGCCAGCCAGCCUCCCACACCCUCCUCAGUGUCAGCCCGUGCACCCUCAAAGAUCUGGCCUCAACUUGCCCUUAGUACAGAUCUUCUCAUUGCUGCCCAUCUGCUGCGGGAUCGGUACUAAGGCUCGGGUUUGAUCCCUGCUUUGAAUCUGAGCUACAGAAAGGGGAUACGGGAAACGUGGGGAUAUUUUUAAUGCCGUUUGGGAGAAGACGCUGACUCCCAGCCCUCUAGUCAAUGUGAAGGAGUGCUCCAUGCCAUGAUAACAUAUCACAUGUAGGGCCCCGUCUUUGCCUUGACAGCAAGGACACUCCGGGUCCUGCACAUUACAUCAUAUAGAUAUAGAUACUGUAAAGGCAGGGAAUCCACUCCAACUGUCUCUCUUAGUCUAGCUGGUCUGAAUCUGCUGCAGCAGCCUCAUAUAAAGGGGGGGCUUCAACAUUUAGCCAGUGAACCUCAGAUGACCACCCACGAUUCCCCCACCCCCCACCCCCGUGUGCCGUCUUCUCACCGCCUUUAUAGGGAACGUUUUGUGAACACAAGCACAUUUCAUUGUUCAACACAAUGCGGGAGGGUGGGAGGGGGCAGGAGGGACAUCUGAGGUUCAUCUGCGUGGUCAAAGGUGGCUUUUUUUUUAAUCAUCAAAAAGGAUUCACUGAUCAGGUAUGUUUCCUCAUCAGUACAGAUGACUGGAAAAGGGCCGAUAAAAGGAAGGUCAUCUUUUUAGACAACAUGCUACUUUCUAACUUUAUUCGGCUCCAUAAAUCCUCGCUUUCUGUUUGCCUCUUGAUAGCUUGUUGUACCGUACAGCAGGACCACGCCAAACGGAAACGUCCAGGUUAUGAACGUUUCCUCGGCACCCUCCGCCCUCAAACCCCUCUCACCUUCCUCCCAGGUUGCGCCGAGCUCUUAGUCAGCGUGGUUACGGCUGUUCCUACGUUUUCCCGCGAGUGACAUUAAACUCUCUCUCACUCUGCUGAUGGUUCUGUUUGGUUUUAAUGCCGUUUCUGUCUUUUCUUUCUUCUAUUAAGUUCCUAUUUCUGCUGAUCGCUCAGUGUGAUGCUUGUUUGAAUGCUGGUACUCCCGUCGCCACAGAAGGGGCCGUUUGUCUCUCCGUACUGUUACAUUACUUUUAAGCAGGGGUCAUUUAAGCGAUGCAAGUAAAAAAAAAAAGUUUAGCUGUAUAACGAACGUAGGUGUCAUUUGUCUGGAUUAAUUAACUGUAUAAUACAUUGGAACUUUACAUUGUCAUUUUAUGAUUUGUAAUGUAAUUUAUUUUAGCUGUAAAUAUUGAUUCUGUAAUGAUGUACAAUACUCUGAUGUUGCAUUGGAAGACUGUGAUAUACUGAUCCUUUUUGCUCUGAAAUAAAGUGAUUUUAAAGGGCA